UCCAGAAACAUGGCGUCGCUUAUGUAUUGUGGGAGAAACGUUGGAAUAAAAUGCAGCCGUUCAUGGUUAAACAGAACACCAAAACAUCAUAUAUUUCUUGGGUUCAGUGUGCGAGCGUCUUCCUCAAAUGUAGAAACAGUAGAUGGAAUAUAUACGCAGGAACAUAUGGAAAUGCGACGCAGUUUACGAAAGCUCAUUGACACAGAGAUCAACCCUCAUGUAAAUGAAUGGGAGGCCAAUAAGAAAUUCCCAGCGCAUGAAGUGUUCAAAAAGCUAGGACAAGCUGGCUUUCUGGGCGUUACAAAGCCUGUAGAGUAUGGUGGACUAGGACUUGAUUACAGCUACAGCGUGGCUUUGGCAGAGGAACUGGGUAAUAUUCACUGCGGAGGUAUACCGAUGGCCAUCGGUGUGCAGACUGACAUGGCGACUCCUGCUCUGGCAAAGUUUGGCUCUGACGCGCUGAGACAAGAGUUUCUUGCGCCAACCAUUGCCGGGGAUUUAGUGGCAUGCAUAGGCGUGAGUGAACCACACGCUGGCUCGGACGUGUCAGGGAUAAAGACGCGGGCCGUGAAGGACGGAGACGACUACAUCAUCAACGGUAGUAAGAUGUGGAUCACGAACGGCUUGCAGGCUGACUGGAUGUGCUGCCUAGCUAACACCAGCGAGGGUGCCGUCCACAAAAACAAGUCCCUCAUCUGCGUGCCGCUAAACGCACCAGGCGUUAACCGUACAACGAGGAUCGAUAAGAUGGGAAUGCACAGCUCCGACACGGCUCAGGUUUUCUUCGAGGAUUUGAGAGUGCCGCAGAAGAACCUUAUCGGAGAGGAAGGCAUGGGCUUCACAUUCCAGAUGAUACAGUUCCAGGAGGAGCGCAUGUUUGGCAUUGCCGGAACGCUCACGCCAAUGGAGCGUUGCAUACAGGAUACGAUCGAUUACACGCGCCAGCGUCUCGUGUUCGGAGCACCGGUUCUCGACAACCAGACCGUUCACUUCCGGCUCGCGGAGCUACAGACGGAGGUGGAGCUUCUCAGGUCCCUGCUCUACAGGACUGUCGAUCUGUACGUCCAGGGCAACGAUGUCACGAAGUUUGCCUCCAUGGGAAAGUUAAAGGCGGGAAGGCUAGUGCGACAGGUGGCGGACUCUUGUGUGCAGUUCUGGGGAGGCAUGGGAUACGCCGACGAGUCGUCUGUGAGCCGCGCCUAUCGCGACUUCCGCCUGUUAUCCAUCGGUGGCGGCUCGGACGAGACAAUGCUGUCCAUCAUCUGCAAGUUCAUGGGAACGCUGCCAAAGCCACCGAAGAAAAAGUAGCGGUUUCGGCACGGAGCGGCAACACCGAGAGCGGUACGGGCGGCGUCGACAAGUCUGAAAGAGAUUUCGCGUAGCAUUCAUUUGAGUUGGGGAGGAAGAGGUUGCCUGUGUGAGAUUUCAUAGGAAUGCUUUAAGCACGUAUGUAGUUAUAACCAGAUUGUUGCUAACGAAUGAAAUCUUCAGUAUUCACGAUGGUUUUUUUGGUAUAUGGUAUUAUUAAAAUCCUACAUUCGUGCUACGUGUUUGUGACGACUUUGGUUCCUGGUUGGGGGAUUUCUGGCAUGGGAAAUAUGUUAGGGUAAUUUAAAAUCAAAGUGUGUGUAGUAUAUGGUCUGUAAUCAUAGCUAUGCUGAAGUAUGAUUGGUAGAAUUAUUGCAGCUGUAAUGCUGUUUGUUAUGUUAUUAAAGCGGCCAUAUUGAAUGCGGUAUCAUUAUAGCUAUUAUGUGAUCUUCCAAACUAUUGCAGUUGUAAUACUGUCUGUGAAUUUAUUAAUACUGUGAGAUGGUCUGUGGAAUCAUUGUAACUUGAUAGUUGUAGCUGAGCAGAUAAUUAUAAGCAAUUGAUGCAGAUAUGUAUAAAGAGAUGCGAUUUGACCUAUUGAUGAUAGUAUAUAAUGACAAUAUAGAGUACAGACAAACCUGUGUUAGUGGCCACCUCUAUCGAAUGAACUCUUGUACUUAAAGACCACUUGUUGUUUCCCUUUAGCGUAUGUUUACCCACAGUUAUACAG